AUGGCGCUAGCAAUAUCAAAGUAGAUCCCAUUUAAUACGCAAACAUAUUCUCUCCAAGGGUCAUUUUAAAGACCGGUGCUGUCGGAGGGUUCGUGUAUUUCACAAUCGCUGAGGGAGUUUGGAGUUCUUCAAACGACAGUCGAGUUGCUUUUGAACAGCUAAGAGAGCAGGUAGUGCCGCAUGCUUCCAGAACUCUGGAGCGGGUAAUUUACUUCUUAUUGUUAACUGUCAUUAAAAGCUCCCAUACGAGGCCCGACGUAAAUGGAAUGAAGGUAUUUCAUAG